CGGGGCCUGGGGGCGAUGGCGGCGGCCCGCGGCUGGCGGCGGCGGGCGCUGCGGCUGCUGACGGCGGGCGGCGGGGUCCUGCUGACCCGCUUCCCCUUCUGGCACUGCUUCAGCGGCUUGCUGCUCUGCGCCGAGCGCGCCGACGGACGGCGGAAGCCUGACAUCCCCAUCCCCUACCUGUACGUGGACAUGGGGGUGGCCGUGCUGUGUGCCAGCUUCAUGUCCUUCGGGGUCAAGCGCCGCUGGUUCGCCCUGGGGGCUGCCCUCCAGCUGGCCGUGGCCACCUACGCCUCCCACGUGGGCGGCCACGUCCACUACGGCGACUGGCUGAAGGUGCGGAUGUACUCCAGGACCAUCGCCAUCAUCGGCGGCUUCCUCAUCCUGGCCAGCGGGGCCGGGGAGCUCUACCGCCAGAAGCCUCGCAGCCGCUCCCUGCAGUCCACGGGGCAGGUCUUCCUUGGCAUCUACCUCAUCUGCCAGGCUUACUCCCUGCAGCACAGCAAGGAGGACCGCCUGGCCUACCUGAACCACCUGCUGGGGGGGGAGCUGACGCUGCAGCUGCUCUUCAUCCUCUACGGGCUGCUGGCCCUGGCCUUCCUCUCGGGGUACUACGUGCGGGCGGCCGCGCAGGUGCUGGCCGUGGUGCUGCCGCCGGCCAUCCUCCUCAUCGACGGCAACCUGGGCUACUGGCACCAGGCGCGCCGCGUCGAGUUCUGGAACCAGAUGAAGCUCAUCGGCCAGAACGUCGGCAUCUUCGGGGCCGUGGUCAUCCUGGCCACCGACGGCUGAGCC